CCCAGGGGUCAAGCACCUUCCAUGGCCUUGAAGUUCCUUCAGCAGUCUGCUUGGUCCUGUGGUCUCUGGCUCGCAAGCCAGUCCCAGCCUAUCUCAACUAAGCUUAGCUUACUGACUCCUGGGCCUCGCAGUCAUACCUGCUUGAGCCGUCAUAGACAUCAGAUCAGAUUUAUGGCUUCCACCGCGAUCAACUACCCUACAGCUCGUCGGGAUGAUUCCGUCGUUGACGACUAUCACGGGACCCAGAUUCCCGAUCCGUACCGUUGGAUGGAAGACCCGGAUAGCCAGGAAACUCGCGAUUUCGUCACAGCUCAAAAUGCAAUGACGAAUGAGAUUCUAUCGGGGAUUAAAGAUAGGGAGAAAUUGAAGAAGCGCCUGACGGAGCUGAUUGAUUCUCCUCACUACGGCUGCCCGUUCAAGUAUGGCAGCAACUACUUUUACUUCCACAAUACCGGGCUCCAGGCACAUAGUGUUCUCUACAUGCAGAAGUCGCUAGAGGACGAAGCCGAGGUACUAUUGGAUCCGAACACGUGGAGCGACGACGGGACUGUAUCUCUUAGCACGUACGCUUUUAGCGAGGAUGGCGAGUACCUGGCGUACGCCGUGAGCCAGAGCGGCAGCGACUGGACACCCAUCAAGGUGCUGCGCGUGGGGGCGAGGGAGAAGGAGCCGGACGAGCUGAGGAACGUGAAGUACACGUCGAUCGCCUGGACGCACGACGGCAAGGGCUUCUUCUACCACCGAUAUGACGGAGUUGAUACAGAGGGGGCGGCAGCAGGGACGGUGCGCGUGGUGAAUCAGCGGGUGUACUACCAUGUACUGGGCAGGGAGCAGAGGGAGGAUGCGCUGUGCUGGGAGAGCAAGGCCCAUCCCACCUGGAUGUUCGGCUCUGAAGUGACCGAUGAUGGUAAGUACCUCGUUAUAAGCACAUGGGCGAACUGUGACCAUGACAAUCUUGUCCAUGUCAUCAACCUGGAGCAGCUGCCACCUGGUCGCUUGGAGGAAGCUUCUGAGAAAGCCGCUUCUGCUUCGGAUGGAAAUGAUGGUUCUGUGCGUCUGCCUGCAAUCACCCUUCGUGGGGAAUUCGACGGCAUGUUCAGCUACGUGACCAAUGACGGCCCUGCGUUCACCUUCCACACCAAUAAGGACGCGCCACGUGGCAAGGUGGUGCGGAUGAUGCUGCAGGAGGGGACUGGGGCGGAAGGUAGAGGGGAGAAGAUGGAUGGCAGCAUGGAGGGUGGGGAGGGGAAGGAGGGGAAGGAGGGGAAGGAGGAGAGGAAGGAGGAGGAGGCGAAAUUGGAGGAGGGAGAGGAAGGGUGGGUGGAAGUGAUAGGGGAGUCGGAAGGGGAUGUGAUGGAGUGGAUUCGGUGUGUGAACCACGACAUGCUGCUGCUGUGCUACAUGCGCGACGUGACCAACGUGCUCGAGAUCCGCUCCCUCGCUGACGGCUCCCUCCUCUCCACUGUGCCGGUGCCGCUGGGCGCCAUCUCCUCCUCCUCUGGCCGCCGCAUGGACAGCGAGGUCUUCUUCUCCUUUGAGAGCUUCCUCAGCCCCGACACAGUGUACCGAUGCGAUCUUACGGCCUCUUCCCCGGAACCAGAGGUGUAUCGCCAGCUGGCUGUGGCAGGCUUCGACCCUUCACUGUUUGAGGCGCAGCAAGUGUUUGUGCCCAGCACCGACGGCACCAGAAUCCCCAUAGUCCCCAUGUUUGUGGUAUCGCGCAAGGCCCUCCCCCGCACAUCCAGCCACUACACCCUUCUCUAUGCGUACGGCGGCUUCAACAUCUCCAUCAAGCCGUCCUUCAGUGUGGCGCGCGUGCUGUUGAUGAGGCACUAUAACGCAGUGGUGGCAAUCGCAAACAUAAGGGGUGGAGGGGAGUAUGGGGAGAGGUGGCACAAGGCAGGGGCGCUGGCCAACAAGCAGCAGUGCUUCGAUGACUUCGCUAGCUGCGCUGAGUACCUUAUACGCGAGGGGUACACGUCGCCCUCCAAGCUGGUGAUAGAGGGCGGCAGUAAUGGUGGCCUGCUCAUGGGCGCAAGCGUCAACCAGCGCCCUGAUCUCUUUGCCUGUGCCUUGGCACAUGUGGGCGUGAUGGACAUGCUGCGAUUCCACGAGUUCACAGUCGGCCAUGCGUGGACCUCUGAAUACGGCUGCUCCAGCGAUCCCCAGCAGCUCAAGUGGCUCCUCAGCUACUCCCCCCUGCACAAUGUGAGACGGCCCUGGGAAGCUGGCAGCACUAGCAGCAACAACACAGAUGCCCAGUCAGCUGAGGUGGCAGCUGGUGACGUGGCAGCGGCUGAGGCAGCAGCAAAGAGGCAGUGGGCUGAGCGCACACCACAGUACCCGGCAGUGAUGCUGCUGACUGGCGAUCAUGACGACCGAGUGCCACCCUCACAUUCCCUCAAAUACGCCGCAGAGCUGCAGCACGUGUUGGUGCACAGCAAGAAUGGGGAGAGCCUUCAGACCAACCCGAUUGUGUUGCGAGUGGAUGUGAAAUCUGGCCAUGGGGCUGGCACAUCAACGCAAAAGGUCAUCGAGCGUAACACAGAUGCAUAUUCUUUUGCAGCCUGUGUUACCAACACCCCAUGGGUGGACUGAAAGUUUAUAAUACCGGUAUCUAUAAUAACAAUACUAUUUUCACUUUAUUCAAAGACUCGAAUGUAUUAAUAUCAAUCAGACACCCGCUCAACCUGACACCUUUGUUGAUGGGGCUGAACAGCGGGGACAUCACAUGCUUGUUUUUUAUG